AUUGUGAAUCAAACCGCGUUUUUGGGCACUGGACUUGACAUUUGUAUUUCCAGGUCUUUGUUUCCAAUUUUCAAUUCUCAUUGCUACUAAUAAAGUCACACAAACUCAACCUUUUGAACCAUCUUCUUCUUCUUGUUCUUCCUCUUCUCAGAAGAAUAGAAAGAAAAAAAGCUUUGGGGUUUUCAAAAGUUCACAUUUUUUUGGUUUUGGUUAGAUUUCCCAUUUUUUUCAAAUCCUUGCCAAGCUCAGAAAGUUUGAUAAAGUUCUGCUCUUUCUGGGUUUUUUAUUGCGUCCCAGAUUUUCAUCUCUGAAAUUCUGUGUCUGUAAGGUGUUUGAUGUUGUGACUUUCUCAAGGGUGAAGCUCUGAUUACUAUGGUUUUGAAGAAAGUUUCUUUGGUUCUGGUUCUACUUGUCAUAUGCAACUCUGUUGUAGAAUCCUUUUCAAGUAGGAACCAUGAUCUCAUCAACAAGAAUGGUUCCUCUCUUGCAGCCAUAAAGUUCCCUAAUCAUCCAAGCUUCAAUGCUGUGACUUCUUCUGGGGACACAGGGUGUAGCUUCACAACUUCUGCCAUGAAUUUAGGUGAAGAAACCAAUGAUGAUGAUGGUGAUAGUGAUGAUGAAGGUGAGGCUUUUCUAGAAGCAAAGCCAAACAAGGAAAUGGUGAAGCUUCAUUUGAGACACUCAAUGAACAAAGAUGAUGAUGAUUUCACAUCAAGGGAUUUGACCAGAAUUCAAACCCUGCAUAGAAGGGCCAUGGAGAAGAAGAACCAAAACACCUUCUCAAGGCUGCAAAAGGCACAGGAGAAAUCCAGACCAAAGACAAAGCAUCACCACAAGCCGGAGAAGUCUCCGGCCGCAGCGGCUGCGCCACCGGAUUAUCUUGCAAACCAGCUUGUGGCAACCUUGGAAUCUGGUGUCAGUCUUGGCUCUGGAGAGUACUUCAUGGAUGUGUUUAUUGGUACACCUCCUAAGCAUUUCUCUCUAAUACUAGAUACUGGUAGUGACCUUAAUUGGAUUCAAUGUGUUCCUUGUUUAGCAUGUUUUGAUCAAACUGGUCCUUAUUAUGAUCCUAGAGAAUCUAGUUCCUUUAAGAACAUUAGCUGUAGUGAUCCGCGCUGCCAAUUAGUAACCUCGCCGGAUCCACCUAGGCCUUGCAAGGGUAAGGAUCAGAGUUGUCCAUACUUCUAUUGGUAUGGAGAUAGCUCGAAUACAACCGGUGAUUUCGCCCUCGAGACCUUUACAGUUAACCUCACCACACCUUCAGGGAAAUCCGAGCUAAAGCAUGUGGAGAAUGUGAUGUUUGGCUGUGGACAUUGGAAUAGAGGAUUGUUUCAUGGGGCUGCAGGGUUGUUAGGAUUGGGGAGAGGGCCAUUGUCAUUUGCAUCUCAGCUUCAAUCCCUUUAUGGCCAUUCAUUUUCCUAUUGCCUUGUGGAUAGGAAUAGCAAUUCUAGUGUUAGCAGCAAAUUGAUAUUUGGUGAGGAUAAGGAGCUUUUAGGCCACCCUAAUUUGAACUACACUUCAUUUGUUGGUGGCAAAGAGAAUUCAGUUGAUACAUUUUACUAUGUUCAGGUCAAAUCUUUGAUGGUUGAUGGUGAGGUGUUGGAUAUUCCUGAGGAAACUUGGAAUUUAUCAGCACAAGGUGCUGGUGGAACAAUCAUUGAUUCUGGCACCACUUUAACUUAUUUUGCUGAUCCUGCUUAUGAGAUCAUUAAGGAUGCAUUUGUGAAGAAAAUUAAGGGAUAUCCAAUUGUUGAAGGGCUGCCACCUUUAAAGCCAUGUUACAAUGUGUCUGGGAUUGAUCAGAUGGAGCUGCCAGAUUUUGGGAUCUUGUUUUCAGAUGGAGCAGUUUGGAACUUCCCUGUGGAGAAUUACUUCAUCCAGAUUGAUCCAGAUGUCGUUUGUCUGGCGAUCUUAGGGACUCCCCGGCACGCCCUUUCGAUCAUCGGAAACUAUCAGCAGCAGAAUUUCCAUAUCCUCUAUGAUAUGAAGAAAUCAAGGCUUGGUUAUGCACCAAGGAAGUGUGCUGAUGUGUGAACUUUUGCUUGUGUUGGAAGGUAAAGAAAUGAAGAACAAUUGUAAACAUGGCAAUUUAGGAGAGGUAGAUUCUGUAGAUGGAAAAUUGGAUAGUGGUAUAUACAGAAAAACAAAAGAAGAAAAUUAGAAAAGAAAGAAAUAAAAGAAAGAUCAGGUUUUGAUUUUUCAGAUUAUUUAUAGAAUUAGGAAUCAGGUAAGCAAUUACAGAGGGAAAAAAAAAAAGGGUCAUGACAUUGUUUUGUACACAUUUUUUUAACCGCUUCAAUUUUUGUUGUUUAAUUUUAGUUAUAAUAUUUUGUUCUUUCAAUUCUAUAUGGUGUUCCCUUGGACUAAUUAUCAUGUUUGGUUCUUAUUCUGGUUUAUAUAUUCUCAAAUCUCAAAAGGAAAAUUGCAAGCUCAGAAUCCUGACUAAUAUUUUUUAUUAUUUUUUUUAAUUUUUGGUUCCUGUUCUUUAGAUUGAAGUCUGAAGACAUGAUCAAAUAAUGGCUCUGGUUAUUUUCAUUAUGUGGCAUAAAUAUAUUAUUCAAUUCAAAGGCCAAUUUGUUAGGUACACUGCAAAAUUUAUUUAAUAAAAAAUGAGUAACACAUGGAUUCCAAGAAAGAAUGGGUCAACCAUAUUGUUCUAUGAUUUUAUAUCAUACAAGUCUGCCAUUAUUUUUCUAUUGUCUCCGAUAAUUUAAUCAUAUUAUAAAAUAAUUCGUUCAUUCUCUCAAA